UUUUUUCCAUUUUUAGCUCAUUAUAGGUAGCCCUAAGGAUUAUGUAUAGCAUUGACCUACUAAUUGGUUAUUGGUGCAGUGGUGAUUGAGACUGCAAUUGGUAGGGAGGAUCCGUGUUCGAACCCCCGCAACAAUAAUUAGGAUGGGACUGAAACCUAAUCACCCAAAACUGAUCUGAAUCCGGAUUAGUGCAAAAAGUGAACGAGUAAAACAACCAAAAAAAAACGGAAGAAUUAAAAAAAAAAAAAAAAAAGUCAUUGGACGACUGACAUUUUCAAUUUUAGCAAGUUUUCCAGAUUCCCCGCAAAAAUAGUAGGUGCAAACAUGGAGUAUAUAGGAGUAAACCACUGCUGCUCCAAAAUUAGCACUUUCCCAUAUAAAUUUUCUCUCCUUUCUCACAACUCUUCUGAAAAAUCUCGCCAUUUUUCUCUGAAAUCUCAACUCAAGAACCUUGAAAUUAAAAUGACCAAGAAACCCAGUGUUAUCAAAGAUAAUAAUAAUGCGUCUACUUUGAUUCAAAAAGAAGUUACUAGAACUGAUUUUCCUCCCGAUUUUGUCUUUGGCGUUGCAACCUCAGCUUAUCAGGUUGAAGGAGGUUGGAACGAGGGUAACAAAGGUCCUAGUAUUUGGGAUGCUUUUACUCAUAUUGAAGGAAAAAUUGUUGAUGGAAGUAAUGGUGAUGUAGCAGUUGAUCAAUACCAUCGUUACAAGGAAGAUGUACAACUCAUAUCUACAUUGGGGUUUGAGGCAUACCGGUUUUCAAUAUCAUGGUCCCGCAUAUUCCCUGAUGGUCUCGGGACUAAGGUUAAUGAUGAAGGGAUCAGUUACUACAACAAUCUUAUCAAUGCACUUCUCGAGAAAGGUAUACAACCUUAUGUUACUUUGUACCAUUGGGACCUUCCUUUACAUCUCCAAGAGUCAAUGGGAGGAUGGAUGAAUAGGGACAUUGUAAAAUAUUUUACAAUGUAUGCAGAAGCAUGCUUUGCAAAUUUUGGGGAUAGAGUUAAACACUGGAUUACAUUUAAUGAGCCUCUUCAAACUUCUAUCAACGCCUAUGGUAUUGGGAUAUUUGCACCUGGAAAAUGCGAAGAUUCAUAUUUGGUAGCACAUCAUCAAAUCCUGGCCCAUGGUUCUGCUGCUUCAGUCUAUAAAGACAAGUACCAGGAAAAGCAAGGUGGACAGAUUGGGUUGGUGGUAGAUUGCGAAUGGGCUGAAGCAGCAUCAGAGAGUGUUGAAGAUAAAAUUGCUGCUGCGCGACGCCUUGAUUUUCAGCUAGGAUGGUAUUUGGAUCCAAUAUAUUUUGGAGACUAUCCCCAAGUAAUGCGUGAAAAACUUGGAGAGAGGCUUCCUAAAUUCUCUCAGGAAGACAGAGACUUGCUUCAGGACUCCAUAGACUUCCUUGGUAUAAAUCACUACACUACUAGGUACAUAGCACACUCAACUGCUGAUCCUGAAGGGCAUGAAUAUUAUGCAGCACAAGAGAUGGAGAGAAUUGCUGAAUGGGAAGAGGGUGAAUCAAUCGGUGAGAAGGCUGCAUCAUCCUGGCUAUAUGUAGUUCCUUGGGGAUUUAAGAAACUUCUUACUUACGUAGCAAAGAAAUACAACAAUCCUACAAUUUAUGUUACUGAGAAUGGUAUGGAUGACGAAAACGAUGACUUGGCUGAGCUCCAUGAGGUGCUAGAUGACAGGUUGAGAGUCACUUACUUCAAGGGCUAUGUUGCCGGUGUUGCAGAGGCAAUCAAGGAUGGCGUCAAUGUGAAAGGAUACUUUGCAUGGUCUUUGUUGGACAACUUUGAAUGGCAACAAGGUUACACCAAGCGGUUCGGUUUAGUUUAUGUAGACUACAAGAAUGGACUUUCUCGGCAUCCAAAAUCCUCCGCAUAUUGGUGGAUGCGGUUUCUGAAGGGCAACAAGGGGAAAGAUGGUAAAGAAGAGUGAUUUUUAAUGGGACCUCGAUCUCAUUGAAAACAGAUUAUUACAAUUUACAAGUUUACAACUUACAGAAAAUAAACUAAACCUUCUUUUACCAGUGUUGUGAUACUUGUGAAGGCUACCAAUAUAUAUUCAGCAAAUUUGGUUAUGCUUGUAUGACUUCCUCAUAAAGUAACCAAGAUUAUUAUCAUGUUACUACUAAAUUGGAUUUCUUACUAUUACCUACUUAUAUGAUCCUUUUCUACAUCUGGAUUCUACGGGCUAUUUGAUUGGCUCUGCAGGACUUUUCUGCAUGUCGUAUUUGUAAGGUCCCUCACAGUUGGGUAGAUCCUGCCCAUUGGCUGGCUGUGUGUGCUCGCCAGCGUCAGUUUCUUUAUUGGUCCUUUAGUUUUUGAGUGUUUUGUUUGUUUCCUUGUCCACCAAAAAAAUAAAAAAUUAUAUGAUCCAACAUGUUUUUCUCCAAAUUUCCUUCUGAAAGUAGUUUUGAGUCGGCUAAUAUAUGAUGAAGAUGGUCAAUGUAUUGUCCAA